AUGACUGCACAUAUUGCAUACGGUGUUGCUACACGCCUCAUUAAUAGGUUGGCUUCUGCAGCCUUUGAUGAAUUUGGAAGGAUUAAUGGUGUUAUGGAUGAAUUGGAAAGGCUUAAGAACACAGUUGAAUCCAUCAAAGCUGUGCUCCUUGAUGCUGAAGACAAACAAGAGCUCAAAGACGUGCUUCUUCCUGCUGUUGAUUUGAUAGAUGAGUUUCUUAUUGAAGAUAUGAUACACAAAAGGGAUAAAGCUGAUAAGAACAAAGUGACACAGAACAUGGUUGAAUCAUUAACCAAUAGCAAAAUUGAUGAUAAGUUGUCACUUGAAAACUUGCAAAAUAUGCUUUGCAAAAAUUUAAAUGGGAAGAGAUUUUUCUUAAUCCUCGAUGACAUUUGGAACGAGAGUUUUGAAAAAUGGGCUCAAUUGAGGACUUAUUUGAUGUGUGAUGCUCAAGGCACCAAGGUUUUAGUGACAACUCGUAGUAAAGCUGUGGCACAAACAAUGGGUGUAAGAGAGCCCUAUUUUUUGAAUGGUUUGACUCCAGAAGAAUCAUGA